UUAAAUUCAAAUAAUUAAUAAAGUUAAAUAAUUUUAUAGCUUAAUAGUAUAAUAUUUAAAAAAAUACAUGUUAUAAAGAUCAAAUUCUGAUGCAAACAGACACAAUGAUAGACAUAACAAAUGGUUCUUUUAAUCUGCCAAUACCGGAUAUAAGAGAAGAUGUGUUGUUUCAGCAUUCACAUAAACAGGCUCGACGUGAUGAUACCAAUCGGUUACGCCCACCAAAACUAAAUAAACGAUAUUAUCACGACAACAACUUUAAUCGAAGUCAUUCCAGUAGUCCUGCAGCUGCAUUUGCAAUUUCAUUUCGUGGAAGUGCAGAUAAUAUAUCAGAGGCUGAGACAGUUCCACUCAAUUCCUCAAUGGAUGCCUCAAAAAAUCAAACAUAUUUUGAACAAUCUUUUACAUGUAUAUCAAAGAUUGGCGAAGGCUCAUUUGGGGAAGUGUUUAAGGUAAAAUCCAAAGAAGAUGGGUGCAUGUAUGCUGUGAAAAUGUCGAAACAAAUGUUUCGUAGUGAGACAUAUAGGCAAGAACGGUUAGAAGAGGUUCGGCGGUAUGAACAGUUUUCAGGGCAUGCAAACUGUUUACGUUUUUAUCGAGCAUGGGAACAAUGUGAUCGUCUUUAUAUGCAAAUGGAACUUUGUCAAGAAAGUUUAGAGCACUAUUUAGAAAGAAAGAAAGAAAUACCAGAAGAAAAGAUUUGGUCAAUAUUAUUGGACUUGCUUCUUGCACUAAAAAGCUUGCAUGAUCGAAAUCUAAUUCAUUUAGAUAUAAAACUGGAUAAUGUGCUUAUUGGUGAUGAUGAUAGCUGCAAGCUUGCUGACUUUGGUUUAGUUAUAGAUGUUGAUAAAGCAAAUCGUCAUGAAGCAACUGAAGGAGACUCUAGGUACAUGGCACCAGAAAUAAUGCAGGGUGUCUUUUCGAAAGCAGCAGAUAUAUUUAGUUUAGGGGUUACAAUGUUGGAGUUAUCUUGCAAUUUAGAAUUACCUUCAAAUGGGCAACUUUGGCAGCAACUACGAAAAGGCUUAUUACCUGAAAGUUUUAUAAAAGAUAUAUCUUUAGAUUUGCAACAAAUUAUAAAACAAAUGAUGACACCAGAUCACGAAACAAGGCCAACAGUAGAUGCGUUGCUUACACAUGAAAAACUAAGACGUCUUAAAGUUCAAAGAGAUCGUUGGGAGUUUCUUAGGCAAUCUAAGCAAAGCAUUCGGAAGUACAGCCAUACUAUAUUAUCUAAACUGUGCAAUUUAAAAACUUUAUUUGUUCGAUUUUUCAUGUGUAUUUUUAGUGGAAUUAAUAAUUCAAUGAAUGAUCAGAAUGCAAGACAUACAGAAAAGGAAGUUGAGGAACAUCAUAAUAUACCAAUAAUAUGUACUCAUGUAACUUCAUCAACGCCAACGGUUAGCAAAAUACCAACACCUGGGUUUUUAUGUGAUGAUAACUCCAUGGAUUUUUGUCAAAGUUAUACACCAUCACAUUUUGCAAAUGGUAAAGUUAUAAACUCAACACCAGUGAAUCUAAAUUGUAGUGCUCUUCGACCGCGUAAGGAAUUAGAGAAAACUGUAUUUAGAACGUUGCAAUUUAAAGAACCAUUACCAGAAGAUCAAUCAAAUAAGUUAUCAAGUUUAGACGAUAUCGAGACACGUUGUUUAUCCCUUGUACGACAGCGUUUAGAAUUAUCGUCUUUACGGGGAAAACUUUUCUCAGAAGAUGAAUCAGAUUAAAUAGUUUGAAAUGGGCAUUGCAUUAAUUAAUUAAUUUUAUUUUUUCAAAUAAGUGUAAAUGAUUUAUUUUUAUUUCUUCUUAAACUGCAUUGAGUUCAACUUCUAAGUUUCUAAAACGUAAUUUUCCUUCUUUAUAUUAGAAAUUCAAUAAAUUAAAUUAUGAUACACUAGUGGUUUAUCAUAAAUAUAUUUACG